AUGUCCAACCAAUCCUCCAGCAACCCUGAUCACGCCGGUGUCCCUUUCCCUGACUGGUACAACGAUGCCAUCCAUGCUGAGAUCGCGGAGUUCCUUGCCAGCUUCGACGAGCCUGAGCAGCCGCGCCCUGCUUCUCCCCAGCCGGACACGCCGGGCCUCACUUACGCCCAGUACGCUCGUAUGCUCUCGGACGUCCAUGGUUCGCGGUUCAACUCGCCCGUCCCCAUUCCUUGGAACAACGGUACGGUCUCCCCUUCGCAGAUCUUUGCGGAAAGGGACACCGGCGUGAUCAGGGUUGCUGGAGGAUUGGUUGGACAUGGUGUGUGGGUGUUGGGACAAGUGGGUAACAAGUUUGAGACACCCAGGGGCGGGCGUCAGGGCGGUAUUUAUACCCCUGACCCAGGACAAGAGCAUAUGGUCACGAGGGGGAGUGUUGGCUGUAGGAGCAUAGCGGCGCGUCGCUGGGCGACUGCGCCGACAGAUCUCAGAACAGGAGCACGUCGCUGGAUGUCCUUGCGACGUCGCAGCGACGUCACGGCGUCGCGGCGCCGCGCCGGCGCCGACUAG